CUCCUCGACGCCACAAACCGCUGCUUAAUUUUUCCUCCCCAAAAAAAAUAAAGAAAACAAAGAAAGAACCAAUGGCGGCACUGUGCGCAGAUCAACAUCACGGAUGUGACCUUUUUCCACCAGCACCACAAAUCGAGAAGCCAUGAUUAUCAGACCCCCUCCUCGCAAUUCUCUCCCGUAUAUAUUAAACCCCUCCAAUCCAUCAACAACUCCUCUCUUCUCCACUCCACGCAUAAGCUCACCAACCAGCCCGACCCCAGAUCAUCUUUCUUCUGAUUUUCUCAAAUAAUUCCUCCCUCUUCGUCUUCUUCCUCCCCUUUCCCCCCCAAUUUCCCAUUAUAACUCCUUUUUUUGAUCUUUUUUUUCAGUCGCUUUACAGCUCUUCCCAGUUCACACCACCUCUGUUCUUGCUUCCACACACAAAAUUACAAAACGUCGCCAGAAAAGUGCCAAAAGCCUUUGUUAAUCAAACCCCUCUAUUCCUGCAUAUAAACCCCAUUUCUUUUCUUCCUUGUUCAAGGCGAUUCGAUGAUCCAAGCUGAGGUUUAAUUCCUUUUUCGAUCCUUCUUUGUUUUUUCUAUUUCUGAAACAGAAAUGGCGAUUCUGAGGUCUUCCGAUGAGAAGGACGGGAAUUCCGAGCCGUUGAUUCCAGGAUUGCCGGACGAGAUCGCCGAACUGUGUCUUCUUCACGUUCCGUACCCCUACCAGGCUCUGAUUCGCUCCGUCUCUUCUUCCUGGAACAAGACCAUCACUGACCCCUGUUUUCUCCUUUCCCGUAAAUCCCAACCUUUCCUGUUCGUCUUCGCUUUCGACAAAUCAACGGCCAGGAUUCAGUGGCAGGCGCUCGACCCGCGAUCCCGCCGUUGGUUCGUCCUACCUCGGAUUCCCUGUUUGGAGACCGUCUCGCCGGAGAGUUUCGCCUGCGCGUCGAUUCCUCGGCAGGGGAAGCUCUUCGUGAUGGGGGGCAUGCGCGCCAACACCGAAUCCUCCGUGCGGACCACCGUCAUAUACCACACAUCGACGAAUCAAUGGUCGCAGGCGUCUCCGAUGCUCACCGCCAGAUCGUUCUUCGCGGCGGCGAACGUCGGCGACAAGAUCUUCGCCGUCGGCGGGAGCGGCCCCGGCGUCUCUGGUCCCUCCGACUCCAUCUCCGCCGUGGAACGCUACGACCCGAAAACCGGCGCGUGGGCGUCGGUGGCGAAGAUGCGCGCCGGGCUCGCGCGGUACGACGCGGCCGUGGUGGGGAGAAAAAUUUGCGUGACGGAGGGGUGGACGUGGCCGUUCGUGUUUUCCCCUCGCGGUGGGGUCUACGACGCGGAGACGGACACGUGGCAGGAGAUGAGCGCGGGGAUGCGGGAGGGGUGGACGGGGUUGAGUGCGGUGGUGGAUGACAGGCUGUUCGUGAUAUCGGAGCACGGGGACUGUCCGAUGAAGGUGUACCAUAGUGAUUCCGACACGUGGGAGUACGUAGGGGGGCAGAGGUUCCCGUGCGACGCGGUGCAGAGGCCUUUCGCUGUGGGCGCGAUGGAGGGGAGAAUUUAUGUUGUGUCACAUGGGAUGAAUGUGGCAAUAGGGAGGAUAUACGAGGUGGAGAAGGGGAAGCCAUGGGUGGAGUGGGAGGUUGUGGAAGCCCCUAGGGCUUUUCAUGGACUCUCUCCUUCUACUUGCCAAGUAGUUUAUGCCUAAUUGCAAAUGUGGCAUCUCUUGAUUGGUUAGAACUUGCAUCUCAUGAUUGGUUGGAACUUGGUGAAUCGAGUAUUUUAUGAAAGAGUACUAAGCAAAAUGGAAUGUGGGUUUUUUUUUUUUUUCUUCUUCUUUCUUUAAAUAGGGUGGCAUCCCCUUGAGUGAGUGAUGGAUAGAGUUUUUGUUCUCUUUCUUUUGAAAAUUUUAAGCAUAGUAUUGUGAGGGAUGGUGGGGUUAUUGUAUUAUUGGCUAUAGAAUUAGUAUAUUUUGUUUUCAA